AUGUCGGCCGAAGCUAUACGAUAUGAACAGGAGGUCUACAAAAAUGGCCUUUUCUUUCACAAACCUGCAUUCACCUUCCAGAAUGACAGAUGGGAGGAAGAAGCUCAUAGAGUCCUAAACGCCAACAGCUGGGGUUACAUUCACGGAAGUGCUGGUACAGGCGAGACUUACAAGAAGAAUCUCGCAGCUUUUCGUCGGUUUUCGAUACUGCCAAACCGAUUAGUCCCGUCGCGCAAGGAUGCAGAGGGCAACGAACUAUUUCCUGACACAAGUAUGGAGGUCCUCGGCCACAAACUACCUUUCCCCAUGGCCAUGGCUCCAAUCGGCGUUCAGAAGAUUUUUCACCCUUUGGGCGAAGUCGCAGCUGCAAAAGCGGCUGGAGAUGUCGGCGUACCCUAUAUUCUUUCUACUGCUUCUAGCACAUCAAUCGAGAACGUCGCAAAGGCGCACGAGCAAGGGGCUCAAUCUGGCAAUCAGAGUCCAGCACCCGUGCGCUGGUUCCAACUGUACUGGCCUAGCCGCGAGCACGAUGAUAUAACCAUCAGCAUGUUGCACCGAGCCGAAAAAGCCGGAUUCACUGCUCUGUUCGUCACUCUGGACACGUAUACCAUAGGCUGGAGACCUUAUGAUAUGGAUAACGGCUACAAUCCAUUCAUUCAUCCAGAUCGUAUCGGCGUUGAAAUCGGUCUCACUGACCCUGUAUUCCAGAAGCUGUUCCAGGAGAAGCAUAAAAGGCCCGCGACCACCAAGACAAGCGACCAUCUAGGUGCCACCAUUGAUGAUGAGGAUCUGGGAGACGCAGCCCGACUUUGGACCUCGAUUGCAUUCCCAGGUCACAGCAAGAGCUGGGAGGAUCUCGAGUUCUUGAAGGAGCACUGGAAAGGCCCUAUCGUCCUCAAGGGCAUUCAGACCGUUGCCGACGCGAAGAGAGCAGUCGGAGCAGGCAUGGCAGGCAUUGUUGUGAGUAAUCAUGGUGGUCGACAGCAGGACGCCGGGGCAAGUUCUCUUGGUUGUCUGUCUCGUAUUGUGGAUGCUGUUGGAGAUAAGCUCGACAUCCUGUUUGAUAGUGGUAUCCGUUGCGGAGGUGACAUUAUCAAGGCUAUCGCUUUGGGGGCCAAAUGCGUGCUUGUUGGACGACCUUACGCAUACGGUCUAGCGAUAGGAGGACAAGACGGUGUGAAGCACGUGCUCCGCAGUCUGAUGGGCGACACGCUCCUCAACAUGCAUCUUGGUGGCCUGACAAGCACAUACGACCUCAAAAGAGAGAUUCUAGUCAAGGAGGAUGAUAUGUUUUAG